GCCGCCUCCCAGGCCGCCGACCCGGUCAUGGACGUGGAGGAGGCUUUCUCUCAGGUGGGCCAGAUGGGGCCCUUCCAGGUCUGGCUCUGCGUCUUGCUCGCCGCGCUGCUCCAGCUCUAUGUGGCCAGUGAAGCAAUCCUCAUUGCACUAGUGGGGGCAACACCUCCUUACCACUGGGACCUUGAAGGGACCUCUGCAAAUAAAAGCCAUAGUAAUGAGUCUGCUAGUGAAGAAAGAACUUUUGGAAAGUGGCUCCUGACGGCCAAUGGGAGUGAAGUUCAGAAACACAUACACUUUAGCAGCAACUUUACAUCAAUAGCCUCUGAGUGGUUUUUAAUUGGCAACACAUCAUACAAGAUCAGCGCUGCUAGUUCGUUUUUCUUCAGUGGUGUGUUUGUUGGAGUGAUUACUUUUGGACAGCUCUCAGAUCGUUUUGGACGGAAGAAAGUCUACCUUGUAGGUUUUGCCCUUGACAUUUUGUUUGCUGUUGCUAAUGGAUUCUCCCCUUCGUACGAGUUCUUUGCAGUCUCCCGCUUCUUGGUGGGAGUAAUGAAUGGUGGGAUGUCAUUAGUGGCUUUUGUCCUCCUGAACGAAUGUGUGGGCACUGCUUAUUGGGCUUUGGCAGGAUCAGUUGGUGGCCUCUUCUUUGCUGUGGGAAUUGCCCAGUAUGCUUUGUUAGGAUAUCUCAUUCGCUCCUGGAGAAUGCUAGCAGUUGUGGUUAACCUGGAGGGAACAGUAGUCUUCCUCCUGUCUCUAUUCAUUCCUGAAUCACCUCGUUGGUUGUAUUCACAAGGACGGCUGAGUGAAGCUGAAGAUUCCCUCUACCUCAUUGCAAAGAGGAACCGCAAACCAAAGUGCACUUUUUCACUUAAACUCCCUACUGAACGGAGCUAUAGAGAGACUAGUAGCAUCCUGGACCUGUUCCGGUACAAGAUCCUUUUGGGACGUACUCUGAUUAUGAUGUUCAUCUGGUUCGUAUGCAGCUUGGUUUAUUAUGGUCUUACUCUCAAUGUGGGUGACCUGGGUGGAAGUGUCUAUGCCAACCUGGCUCUUUCUGGGCUAAUAGAGAUUCCGGCAUACCCUCUCUGCAUCUACUUGAUUGGCCAAAAAUGGUUUGGCCGUAAACGGACGCUUGCAGCAUUUUUGUUCCUGGGAGGACUAGCCUCUCUCAUCGUCAUGUUUCUUCCAGAAAAGAAAGCUACAGGAGUGUUUGCCAUUGUAAACAGCCGCUCAUUGUCUUUACUGGGAAAACUGACAAUCAGUGCAGCAUUUAACAUUGUCUAUAUCUACACAUCAGAACUUUAUCCUACAGUGAUCAGGAAUGUUGGAAUGGGAGCCUGCUCCAUGUUCUCCCGAAUUGGUGGGAUCAUCGCUCCUUUCGUUCCGUCUUUGAAAUCUGUGCAAGGGUCUCUGCCAUAUAUUGUGUUUGGUGUGGCGGGCUUGUUUGCUGGUCUUCUGAGUCUGUUAUUGCCAGAAACCCUAAAUAGCCCCCUGCUGGAGACGAUAUCUGAUCUACAGGUUUGCUCAUAUCGGCGGCUAGGAGAUGAAGCUGUGUCGCUACAAACAAUGGAAGGCUCACGGUCUGACCACGAUAGUUCAGCGGGGAGUGGAAGUGAAGAUGAAGAGUUCUAUGAUGCUGAUGAAGAGACUCAAAUGAUCAAGUGAUGGAUAAAACACUUCUGUUAAA